UGUCACUUCCUGUAUGACUAAUUCCAGUCGUGUGAGUUUUUCGCACACUACUCCUCAUACAUGCUUCGCUGGUUCCAUCGUUCUCCAUCGUUCUGGUCGUUUGCUCUAUAGAAUAAUUGCUGAUAUUAAGAUACCAGCAUUUUCUUUACAGAGUCUCAGCCAUUAUUCUAAGAAUAUGGAAAUUGUGAGCGUAUAUGGAUGCUUUUCGUGAACAUGAAAUCGCGGGACGUUAGUUUAUUCAGCUCGUUGGAUGUGCGUAGCGCGUGUGGCAGAGAGAAUAUCGCCGCCUUUUGACGAUAUAUAUGACGAUGUCGACUGACGAAAACAAGAGCACUCGUCCCCAGACAUGGAAAUGCCGAUUAAAAGGCUGGCAAUAUUCAAUGAGGCAGUCCAUAAGAGUGAAGAAGCGGAGCCCUCAGAAAACUAAUUCCAAGGUUUCGGAUCGGCUUAGCCCUGAGAACUGUGCGGGAAAGCAUGCUCAAACGGGCUCUUCGUCACCUCGGAGAAAUGACAACAAAAGUCACUUUGGGUGCGAAAGUUGCAAUGCAAAACAUGGCGCAGUGUCAGAUCUUGACGGGAGACGGGGUAAAGUGUUUGCUAAACCAACAGCUAAUGGUCAACUUAUGAAUGAGAAAACAAUGAUUGAUAGGCGAGAAGUCGUUAAAAGAACAUUCGAGAGGAGAAAACAGCGCUCCAAUAACAAUAUUAUCGAGUCGAAAAAUUCUUGUUUGCAACAGAGGAACGAGACAGCUGUCAGACUGAAUGGACACGUAAAGCAAAGUUCAACGAAUAAUUCACAAGGGCGGGCGGAACACAACAGUAGAACGACUCUCCAUAGGCCAAAAAGCUUAAUUGUACUUACAAGUUUGUUUAAACGUUCGAGUGGCCCAUCUAGGGCACAAAGUAUAAACACAGAGCGUGGGAACAGGAAGGACUCACAAAGUUCGGAGGUUUGGGAGCUGAAAGAUCGCCACUCGACACAUGAAUCUACUGAAGAAAAGUUUGUAUGGAAAUGUGACCCUAAUUACUCUUCAUGUGAAUCAUUCUCAGAUUCCGAAUUAAGCCCCAGAUUAUCUAGUAAAUACUAUUCAUUGAAGCGUUCAAAGGCUUCAUUAAUUUAUCCACGAAGUCCCAAGAGUGAGUGGAGACCGAGAAAAGGAAAGUCUAGGACCUUUUGUUGCGAAGGCGAGUUACGGAAUUCACGAAAACGCGAGUUUCAAAGCAUUGUAUUUCAGCAGGAGUUGAGGAAUGAGAUAGCUCGUGAAAUGUCUCGUUCUGUUUGCUUGUUGUCACGGGAGAGACGAUCAUUGUCGGAUAUUCUAUCUGCGGAUGAUCUACGGGACUACCACAUCAGUGACCGUGAGAUACCAUCAAGAACUUCAAGUGUCGAUAAGCGGCGCAGUAACUGGAGUUGUAAUCAGAAGAGCUUCAACGAUUACUCAACGCGCUCUUACACUAGUACAAGUAGCAUUCCUAUUCUUGGUGUAACUCUUGUCGACAGUGAAGGCAACAAAAGGACUAUCAACCCUUUGCAUCACGAUGACGCGGAUUACUGUGAAGAGUCACUAAAAGGGUGCAAAGCCACGCGCACAGACAUGUGUAAAACUAAUCGGGGAAUUAUGAGGGUGCGCGCAUUGAAAACCACGCAAUCGAACCCUGAGAUUUAUCGCAUAGAAAAUGAUCCAGCGAAAGGUGAAAAAUCUUUACCGCGGAAAGAAAACUCGUCUUAUCGUUACUCCAGCCUGGAUGGCCUCGAUGAUUCCGAUUUAGACUCGAACUCUCUAGUUCUUAGCGACUCGUCAAAUACUGAUGAUUUUAUUGCGCGAUCUCUAUCACUGACAUCACGGAAUCGUAGUCUGAACCGCAGCACUGGGAGUCUGGAAGUGUCAUCGGAUUCCAAAACAACCAAAGUACGGAAGCUCGAAAAUGAGCAUGAUAAGAUAUGUCAAACGAGUGAAAGGGACGAGCAGAAAGUGUCAGAUGAUGUUUCCAUGACAAUUGAGGGCUCUCAGAACCGGGAUAUCCCAAGUAACCUCAACCCAGUGCGGGACUCGGAUAGAAACAAGAGCCGUGCGAUACACGGAUCUUUCUGUAAUGAUUUUGACGUCGUCCAAAGUUCUUCCCUUCCCUCGCGCUUCAGUGGUAGAGGCCUGAUGGAGGAUGAGCCAGAUGACGUCAUGAUGACGCCAAGGCUCAGCAGCACGACGGAGGAUAGGCAGGAAUGGCGUGAGCGACGCCGAGCCCUCAGCAACGAUAACAGCCCUAAGUUCUACAACUACAACAGAGAACACAAAUUUCGUGGUCAACCUCCUUCUGUACGGCCACGAAUCCAAAGCCUUGAGGAAUUAUCGCCUAUGGCCGUCGAUGAGAUAAUGAAGAAGAAGCAAUCGGUUCUUAGCCGUGCGCGCAUGCGCCAUAGUAAAUCCGUACCAAACGGGGAAAGUCCAGAAGAGAACCUUCGAGAAAUUGGGAGACGCCUGUCUGGUAAUGAUUUUAGCUUGUCAUUGGAUUCAUCGGCCUUGUCGCGAAAUGAAGAACUUUUUGCCAGUAGUGAUUCCCUGACGAGUAACAAAUCCACCAUAUCCGCCAGUGACAUGGAAAGUUUGUCAUCCUUAGGGUCGGCAAAGUAUCUUAGUCCUCCCACCACGCCUGGACUAAAUGGACCCUCUAAUGGCUUUAGUCGGUCACUUAGUGUUGAUGAGGGUUCGUUUGGAAGUCCUGUGGAUUUUGACGACCAUGAAAGCCUCGACUGUGCUCCCGUGAAGGGUACAGAACGUCCAACGCGUUUUCGUAGGAAGAGGCUGGGGAAAUCAACAGGUGAUUUAAAUUUUGACCGUUCCGAGGAGCUGAAUCAAAGGCGGGAGCUGACAGAGGAGGACAUGGAGGUACCGGAAGCGUUCGCGGAGGCGCUGUGGGAUCACGUGACCAUGGACCCCGAGGAGCUGACCUUCCGGGCAGGUGAUGUCAUCACUGUCAUCAGCAUGACUAAUGUUGAUUGGUGGUUCGGACAAGUGCGUGACCAGGUUGGGUGGUUCCCAGCCCCCUUUGUCCGCGUACGAGUUUCGCAAACGUUGGGGGAUGAGGAGAACCGGCUGAUUCCUCCCUUCAGAUCGAGGCGCGGGACUAACGAAGGGCUGCUGACCAAGGAUGACGUGCGGGCGCGUGUGGUCAACGAGAUCCUCAAUACGGAGAAAGACUAUGUCAAGAACUUGAGUGACGUAGUCGAGGGCUACCUGUGUCAGGCACAGAAGCGCGUGGACAUGUUCUCCGAAGACCAGAUAUAUCUUCUCUUCUCCAACAUUGAGCAGAUCUACGAAUUUCACCAGAAGCUGCUCCUACAGCUCGAAGAUUGCUACCUCAAGGACAACCCUUGCGACAGUAUGAUCGGAAGGGUGUUCUUAGAAAACAAGGAAGGCUUUCAGAUAUACUCCGAAUACUGUAAUAACCAUCCGCACGCCAUCGCCGAGCUCAAGACGCUCUGUGAGUCUAACAAUUACAAGCAUUUUUUUGAGGCGUGUCGGCUUCUUCAGGACAUGAUUAACAUAUCUCUUGAUGGCUUUCUUCUGACGCCAGUACAAAAGAUCUGCAAAUACCCGCUACAGCUCGCGGAGCUGCUAAAGCAUACAUACCCUACACACAAAGACUACGAUGCAGUCCAUGAUGCCUUGCGCACCAUGAAGGAAGUGGCGUCACUCAUCAACGAGCGCAAGCGAAAAGUCGAAAACAUCUAUAAGAUCGCCAAGUGGCAAGCCACGAUCGAGGGCUGGGAGGGAGAAAAUGUGCUGGAGCGUAGUUCAGAGCUAAUCCACUCAGGUGAUGUGCACAAGAUUUCCCUCGGGACUUCACAGGAACGGGUCUUCUUUCUCUUCGACAACCAGCUUAUCUAUUGCAAAAAGGACAUACUCAGGAAGAAUGGUUUAUCCUAUAAAGGUCGCAUCGACAUGAACUCUGCGCAUGUCACCUGGGUGGAAGACAAAGAAGAGAGCUAUAAGAAUGAGCCACUUGUGAACGCGUGGAAGAUCUACAAUGAAACCAAGAACAAAUGGUACGUCGUGUACACAAAGACCGCUGAGCAAAAAGAGCGCUGGCGCCUUGCGUUUACUGAGGAGAGAAGACGCGUGAAACAAGACGUCGAGUUCGGGCUCGUCAUACCACAGCCUACCCGCCGUGCUGCCAUGAGAGCCGCGAACGCGUCGAUAAAGGGCAAGAAAGAACGAGCAGCAGAGCGAAGAGAAAGGUUUGUGCGGUCAGCAUCGGAGUUCAUGAAGUCUCCCCCGUCCCCAACUUUACGGCUUCCCCCGCCAGUAUCAAGCGCUGAUCUCAUCCGCGAGGAAUCGCCCGAAGACACAAAGACUGAUAAAACACAGGAAGGCAAUCAGAUCGGAUUCCUUCAAAGAACUUCCGUGAUCCGACGAAGCUUUGGAUUACGCGGAUCUGGCCGAAAGAAGAAUAAGGAUAAACGAAUGAGUUCGGUAUUUUAGCGGGAUAAGUUUCAAUAAUUUAAAAGGUUUACCGCUGGCUGGAUGAGCACCGCAGGCACGGCUCAAGGAUUCCGAAGUUUUAUUUCAUUAUUUGAAUGUAUAGUGAAUGAAGAGAUCAACUUGUUCCAAAGACUUCGAUAUUUCCUUGUCUUAGCAGUGCCAGCAACACAGGGCGAUAUUGACGCAUAUUGCACGUUUCAUUGUGUUUAUGGCUAACUGAAGUUGAAAGCAAAAUAAGGAUGUGUUGUUGAAUGCUAUUCUAUGCGGUUUUAUGAAUCCUUGAUAGUAGGGAACGCCCUAGGUUAGGAUACAAUGAGGGAGCCCUUAUUUGCCUACCCUCAUCACGAAGAAGAGUUUCAUGUAAUGGUAUUUACAUUCACAUAGUUGUAAAGCUGUGUCACCACGGAAAAGAUAGACCGUCAUCUUCAUUCCGACUACAACCAAACAUUCCUCAGAGGGCCUUGAAAUGUGAUCUCCGGCACCUUGUAUGGGCCUUGUGCGUUCAUUAAUAUGCUGCACUUUUACAACUCAAGUGAUUUCCACCCUAGCAAGCAAAGUGAGCAAGCAUUAACGUCUUCAUCGAUCUACUGCAAAAACUCCAAACCUCUUAGCAUGGGUAUUUGUUUGCUGCUUCGAUUAAGUUGUAGGAUGUUAUGAGAAUUGUGUCAAUGUACUUAUGACAUUAAUUUCACUCGGAGCAUGACUUCCGCAUUUGCAUUUACAUUUACUUUUUGAAAUAAUUGUAAAUGUUGAAUUCCGUUUUUUUAGCUCCACCUAGCUUCUUUCCUUUUUUUUUCACUUUCAGUUCUUUUCUUUCUAAUGUGUUAUUCUUGUAUCUCUUAUUUCUUAGUUUUUUUUGUUCUAUUUGCAUGACUUGAGUUUCUUAGCUCGCAGUUACGGAGGAGGACUACAACGUAUGACCACAAUGCCUGAGGUUGGCUGGAAUUAAAGCUUAAUAAUAAGAAUAUGAAAAACAAUCUAAUAACAGUCAUAUUGAAUGAAAAGUCUACAUUUAUAAGCAUUUUUGUCUUACUUGUUUAUGCUUUCUUCACAUAUUAUUCUUCGUGCAUGCGCGGCGUCCGUUAUGGCCUAAAAUGUUUUUCACACAAAUAUAUUCAUUUAAAAGCUAUAUAAUGCACAUGAGAAAUAAAUUUAUUUUCUGUAUAAAAUUUAAUAAAUAAAACUGUUCGAUAUGUA